AUGGCGCGUCGCAAAGGUGCUAAAAAUGAUGCAGAAGAAGAAAUGCGAAGAAAAUACCGUCAUUUGGUUGAUGAAACGGAUGAUCCUGUUGAAAAGUUGCGGUAUGCUUGCCUAGCACGAGGUUCGUCUGGUAUUAAAGGAUUAGGAAGGUAAUGUGUGGUUUUGUAGCUGCUGUAAAAUACUAAAAUUGCGUGCAACUAACUGCUGGGAAUGUUCUAAGAUGAUAAAUAUCAUCUUUACUUUCAAAUUAGGACCUUUCGGAUUAUGGAUGACGACGGAAGCAAGUCUCUGAACUUUGAGGAAUUUGAAAAAGGAUUACACGACUAUGGCGUAGGGAUAGACAAGGAGGUAAGGUCUGAGCAAAGUCAACAUAAAGCAGGUCGAAGAUAAUUGUCAAAUAUUUUAUAUUUGAUUUUUAAGAUGGCACAGCAAGCAUUUGCAGCGUUUGAUAAAGAUGGCAGCGGAUCUGUGGAUGUUAACGAGUUCCUACUGGGAUUAAGAGUAAGUUUAAAACUUUGCUAAAGCAUUAAGCAUAAUUUCUGUGCCCUUUUGCCACAAAAUUUAUACGCCCUAUUUUUCAAGCCGAAUGCUCAUUAACAUUUCAAAAGAUGUUGAACAUCAAAAGAUUUAAUGGUUUAUGUAUUAGCGUGGUUUUCAUUCAAGACGUUCCGCAACCAUAAUCUUUUAAAAAUAUUUCUAAACGUUGAGCCAGCGUGUAUGCUGUAUGAAAUUCGUCCGUUUCUUAAAGUUUCUUAAAAUGCAACAACAAUAUUAUUUAAAGUUUAGUAUUUAAUAAUUAAUAAAUAUGAAGAGAGUUCUCGAAUUUGUAAAUGCAAAGUGGUUGGAUAGUCAUCUACUUAAAACCCUAUCCAAUGUUCGAUCUUUGUUAUGAUAAGCUGGGGAUAAAAGUUUUCCAUUUUGGCCAUGUAAAUGAGUUUGGAUAUAUUGUUCCUUGCUGGGCUUACUAGACAAUGCCACAAGGGAGUUUUAAGUCUCUAUUUAAUAGCAGCAAUAUUUCAUCUCCAUUUCUGACAGCAGAUUUACAAUUGCCAAUCAUGAAAUAUUGUAAGCGGCAAUUCAAGAUUGUAAUGAUUAAUGAAGGUCUUAUUCGGUCAAAUAAUCCGUGCAAUAUUUACAGUCUCACUAAACAUGAAUGCAUGGGGAGCAAAUUAAUAUUUAAUGCAACAAGCUGUUAUUUAGUUUGACCCCAAGCAUCUUUCUUUGAUGAGUAGAGUCAUUUUAUGUUUGAAGAGUAAAAUUGUAAAAAGUUAGGGUGCGUUAAAUUUAAAAUAGGUUUGCAGAGCCUGAAAUAACGGUCAAAAUUGUCCAGAAAAAUGUCCAACCAAAAUGUAAUUUGAUCGGACAUUUUGGAAUUUGGUCAGAUGUUUUUUCUAUUUCAUUUUGACUCCCAAUCUCCUUCAAGCACUAAUUAACAAUUAUUCGCCGAAGGCGAGGUGAUUAUCGGUGAAUAAAAACCGAGACGAAGUCGAGGUUUUUAUUCACGAUAAUCACCGAGCCUGAGGUGAAUAAUUGUUUUAGUAUAAUUUCAGUGGUGAUUAUUUGGAAAAAAAUAAGAAAAUACACAUUUCUUCGUCAUUUAAUUGACAAAAAGGCUUCGGCCGCCAUUUUGAAAAUCGCUUAGGUGAUUAUCGCGUAAUAAUCACCUCAACGGCAACCAAUCAGCGUGGAGAAUUUUCAAUAAUCACCUAUGUAAUUAUACUAACAGUAAAUAAUACUUCGAGCUAUGUUUACGCUGUGAUAUAUUGGGGCUGAGCCGAAUUUGUCAACUCAUCCACACAUGUCAAGUUGACCUUCCACAUCUACAAAAAUCUUUCACAAACCUGAAGCCCUGCAGUGACUUCUAUAAUGUAUUUCCAUGUUUGCUGUAUACAGCUAUUUCAAUUAAGGUUGUCCACGAGCAAAGCGGAAAAGUCGAAUACGAGCGCGAAAGGCUGCUGGGAAUCGCUAAAAAAUUAAUGAAUUUUCAUAGCAAUUCCCAGCAGCCUUUCGCGCUUGUAUUCGACUUUUCUGCUUUGCUCGUGGACAACCUUAAUUGAAAUAGCUGUAUAUACAUUUUGAGUAAAUGAUGCAGCAAUACACCCUAAUCCUUCUUGUAUAAUUCUUUAACCUAAAUUAAGCUGCAAUAUGUGCCCAAAUGUAUUUGCUCUUCAUGUAUUUGCUCUGUCUAAUGGCUAUGUUACAUAUGUGGCAAUUUUUGCUGCAACUUGCAAUGCAGUUUGGAUACUGGUCAUCAGGCCAUGUGAUCUAAAAGGUAGUUGUAGGGAAAUGCGAGCAUGGCCCACUUAAGGAGAAUUUAAGUGGUUAUUACUCCAGCUGUCAGAGCCAUGCCCGAGGUUUUAAAUGGAGAUUUUUGAAUUUCUUUGUAUUUUUGGGUGUCACAAAUGUGACAUUUCAUCAAGGUAUUGCAGGCUCGGGGUGCAGCAACUUAUCUAAAAUGUGGCCAAUUAAUCAUCAUAUUAACUAUGUAAAUAACAUCACACUUUCAUCGUCAUACUAACUAAAGUUGGGCAGUAUACUGGUAUUCUUAGUUAUUCAUGGUAUUUAGUUGAUACCGGUAUGGCGGUGUUGGCAGCGGCGCGGCCGAUCACAUGGAAACAACAAUCAUUAAAAUGGAUAAUUUUCUUGAUUUUGUCUUGAAUUUAUAGGUUAUUGCGUAUAAACUGCAUUUAUUGUAGGUCACACAUUUCAUUAAAAGAUUUUAACAGUGUACCGCAAUAUUUUAAAAAUACUGUAACCGGUAUUGAAAUUUCAAUACCGUCCAACUUUAAUACUAACUAACAAGUUUGUAUUUACAGUACAUACCUAUAAUAGAUUGGUGGUGCAAUGAUUGUGGGACAUUUUUUGUCUAUUAGUUGAUAUGCACGUGCACAGUUCUGAACUUCAGUCCAUCCAAUGGUUUUGAUCAAAUACUCACUAGAUUUUUAUAAAUUAUAUCAUGGAAAUUAAUCAUCAAAGCAAGGGGAUUUAAAACAUUCAUGUUUUGAUACAAAUAUUGGACAAAAAUCAUACUUGAAGUCUUGAACAUACUUGAAAAAUGAUACUUGAAGUCUUGAAACAUUUUUAGUGUAUUGACGUUAUAGAAACAUAUUUUAUAAUUUAGUAAAUACAACCUUGAAGGUGUAUUCUGUAAUUCAAAGUAUCAGAAACUCAAAGUGUUUCAAAUCGCUACUAUUUUGCAAGAUCUAUAGUUUGGUAUGCGGUUUGCUGGCUACAAAAUUAUCUUUAAGUGUCACAUCUGUAGUUUCUUUGUCUUCUUUGUAUUUCAUGGUCAAAUUGUUUUUAAGGAGGUAGUAUUAUAUGAAGUGUGUAUAAUUUUCUUACAGUUAAUAUUUUUACAGUUAAUUGAGAAAUUUAAAACUUUGCCUAAAACAUAUUAUUAAAUUAUCUUUAAAACAAAAAUAAACUAGUGUAUGGCAUUACAAAGUUUGUAAAAAACUAAAUAUGAGGUAUGGUUGUCAUAGUUGAAUUUUAAUACUCAAAAUGUGGACAUUCUUUUGUUUCAGCCUCCAAUGGGUGAGAGCAGAGUAAAAAUAAUCAAACAAGCAUUUGCAAAAUUGGACAAAACGGGAGAUGGAGUAGUUACUGUUGAUGAUCUGAAAGGGUAAGGCCAGAACUAAAUUGAUACAGUCAGUAGUGUGAGAAUUCACACUAACUCUACAGAUACAGUAGAUCAGAGUGUACUUGCUUAAACAUACAAAUUUUAACACAAUAAAAAUAUUUUCAUUUUCCAAUGAUAUAUAACUGUUCUGGGAUGAAAAAUUUUUUCAUAUGACAGUUUGACAACUAAUACUUCAUUGUCAAAAUUUAGACUUGCUUAUUUGUCUUAAUCCUCCUUUUCAUUCCUUUGCUAUAUGUUAUAUUAUUAAUAUUGCAGCGUAUACAAUGCCAGAAAACAUCCAAAGUUUAUGAAUGGCGAAUGGAAUGAAGCAGAAUGUUUUAAACAUUUCCUGAGCACCUUUGAAGCCCCAGAAGAGAAGGAUGGAAAGGUAAAUCUAUUCUACUAUUAUAUACUGUACAUUAAUUUUAUAGUUAAAUUAAAUAUACUUAUACUAGAACAUAUUCCUGUAUUUACGGUUGCCAUAGAGUAUUUUAAUUAAACACAACACAACACAACACAAUAGACACUCCAUAAAUUGUUAACAUUUUAAUUCUUUAUGAUUCAACUAUUUAUUUACAGUCAUCUUCACUCUUCAAGAGAAUUUCACGUAUUUAGAAAAGCCAACUAUUUAUAAUUUUAAAACGCAAGCCUUUAGAACUGACAAGUUCUUACUUCGUUAGAAGACUUAGAAGUGUACAUGUAAAACUGUGGAGCAUACAAAUAGUUCACUUUUUUAGCAUGUAGCAUUCUCUUAAAGAGGACUGUAAAAAUAAAUAGUCCAAGCGUAGAGAAUUAAAAUGUUAACAAUUUACGGAGUGUCUAAUGCUUUCAAUUUAAUUACUUGUAUUUGCCAUCGACGUCAAAAAGUUCCUCCAAGUGUAGAGCCUAAAAUUAACUGUACUUAAAUUGUUCCAGGUGACAGCUGAAGAAUUUCUGAAUUAUUACAGUGGAGUGAGCGCAUCGAUAGAUGAGGAUGUUUACUUUGAUUUGAUGAUGAGAAACGCCUGGAAAUUGUAA